UUUCGCGAGAUUGCCAAAGAGGCGUUGGUGUACUCGGUGUGGUUUGACGAUCGAAAAUCGCAGCAUUUUAUACGAAUUUUGUUGCUGUCCUUGAAAAAAACAGUUCCGUCGCUAACUUGCCUAUUUAAAAGUGCAUCAAAACAGGAAACUUUUGCCGUCGAAGCCUCGUUCUAUGAGCACAACGAAAGUUACCAACGGCGCUUUGCAUACUUUAUAGCUUCUUGCGUUCUUCCAAAAAGUCUAGACAAUAUUCCAUGCUUUGUGAACAUUUCUGCAACAUUAGCGGAACGUAGCGAGAGUAAUGCGAUGGUCUUUCCAGUUCGUUCUAUCGGUGAUGAGAAAGGCAGAAUUCAAAAGAAAUAUGGCAUUUGUAUCCCUCCUGUUCACGGUGAAAUCUCGGUUGGAAAAAUUAUUGAGUUUUUAGAACUCACGCAAAUUUUGGGCGCUUCACAUUUUACAUUUUAUGAUUUAUCAAUGUCUGAGAGUGUGCGAAACGUCUUGAAUCAUUAUCAAGAUCUAGGUUUAGUGAGUGUCUUCCCAUGGAAUUUACCCUCGUACAUUGGAAAAAACGAUUUGCACUAUUUUGGUCAACCAUUAGCCAUCUGGGAGUGUUUGUUUCGCUCUAUGCGACAUUUCGACUUUGUUGCGUUUCAUGACUUGGAUGAAUUCAUUGUACCCCUUCGCCAUGAGAACAUAACUGCAAUGUUAGAGUACAUUCAUAAGGAAAACCAUUGUGGACACUGCUUUGAAAGCGUUCUUCUGGAUCCUUCAACGGACCAAAAUGGAUCACAUUUAAUAACACAACGCGUUUUCCACCGAACAAGUCAAGUGACUCCAUUUUACACCAAGUGUAUCGUAGAUCCGCGGAGAAUAUUCGAGCAAGGAAUACAUCACAUUAGCAAACCCAUCGAAGAGUUCUAUGAGGCCGAUAAAGUUAAUUGGGAAGUGGCGCGUGUCUUUCAUUACAGAAAAUGCCACGAUUCACGUGCUGCGCAUCAGCCUAGAUGCUCAUCUUUUAUAGUGGACAAAACUAUGCAGAGAUUUGGAGAGAAACUGAAGUACAAUUUUGAACUGAAAAUGAAUAUUAUACCUUUUCAUUUAUAAAAGGCAAAAAUCUGUUUAUAGUGGAAGCAAGUAAAUUUAGGCCGCCGUGCACCUGACCGUGGUCGGAAAAUAUUCACUCUGACCCAAUCGCUCCCUGGAACAAACAGCUUUCUUAACCCGCGCUCGAGGGAAGGUUUCACUUUUUUCUACGAGCAGAGAAAUGUAACAUUUCAUCAGCCGAUAAGCAAGAAUUGUAAAUACGUAUACAUUUCUUUCGCGUGUUACCAAACGAAAUUAACAGUUGUCACGCGAUCUCGUCAACUAGGGUCAUACUCGAUAUUUCACACUGUUAUGCUAAUUUUUUUAUGCUCAGCAAUUUUCACUAUUUAUAUGCUCAAUAUAGCCCCGCACCAUCACUAAGAUUCUGUAAAUAGCCUGAGGGAACAGCCGACAUUCGGCGACGCUACCCCUGCCUCUGGUUUCCCUGGAAACCAGUGGAAGCUUCUCGAAAUGUCGGCUGUUAGUCUCAGGCUAUUCUCUAAAAUGCUACCUCAUAAUUUACAUGAUAGGAAAUCAAGAAAAAUCGGCUCCUCGUAAACCAGAGUAGACAGGUUAACCUAGGUGGCAACAGUGUAGAAUAAACUGCUCUUCUUUUUUAAAAUUAUUAAUUAAAAUUUUAGAUAUCGUAUAUUGUAGUGUUAGCAACGCCACGUUACCUUCUCAAAGGCAGUCAUGUGUUUUGCUAAUUUGUAACCAGGCCUGGUUUUUAAAGGGCAAGCAUCCGGUGGUUAUGAAGUUUUUAUAGAGAUAAAAAAAAAAAAAUAAUAUUGUGAAAAGUUUGAACCCGGGAGUCAUUUCAAUAGGUUGAGUUUGAUCAGCUGGGUGAACGUAGUCACGUCAGUUGACGUGACACAACUCACUUUGACUCUGAAGAUGACUACCGCACAGGUUGUCGAAACGUCAGUCACUGUCAACAACAACAGUCCUAUUCAGGACUACGUUCACCCGGACGAUCAAACUCAACCUAUUGAAAUAAUAAUAUUAAUAACAAUAAUAAUUAUUAUUAUUAUUAACUCAAUGCAGGGCUGGCCCUAUGGCAAAGGGCUGAUUUAUUAUAGGCCAAUAUUUUGGCUAACAAAAUUAGCCUUCCUGAGGGCCAGAACUAUACCGAGAGAAAAUAUCUUUUAAUAGCCUCCCACGCAGAUGUUCUUAAGGGUCUGCGUGGGAGGCUAAUCUUUUAGCGGCUCCAAUAAUAAUAAUAAUUAUUAUUAAUCAUUGUAAAUUAUUACAGAAAGACAGAGUCGAAAAUUCCAGCAUAAAGCUCGAUUCUUUGCAUCACUAUUAUGCUCAAAAUUCAAUAUGACGGGGAAAUGUGAACAACUCGAAUGAUAUAACACGCCACAUGAUGAUCAAUUGACAGCAUCACGUGCAAAUUUAGUUUUGGGGAAAUGAACGCGCCAGUCUAAAACUUGGAAAUUAUAGCAAACUUCUCAGCGCAAAAAGAGUUACUUAAUCCUGUCGUAUAAUAAUCCUGUGAUAUAAUAAUAAUCGUCGAUUCAGUGUACAGGAUAGGAACAAAAAUUUUACACACAAGCUUUCGAUUCCAUUGAUGGAUUUGGACGUUUUGUCACGGGAUUUAUACUGUGAAUCACGUGACAAGCGUUAUUGAUGAAGAUUCCGCGAUGGAAUCGAAAGCUUGUUUGUAACAAGUUUUUUCCUAUCCUUUAAAUUGAAUCAUCGUUAUUAUAUAGGAUGUUCUCGCCUAUUUGUAUUAGAUUGGACGUAUGUGAAGUUGGAGGUUUGAAACGCACUUGCCUUUAGAAUUUGAGUAGAGUUCCUAUGGUGUUAUCAGGGGCAACCAACAACGGCGCUGUAAAAUUUGUAUCUGUUCGGUCCUCCUAGGGGAACUUGAGUCUUUUCGAAAUUACAAGGGCUUCAGUAUUAUUUUCCAGAAAAUUUUGUAUGAAAUUUGACGUAUCACGAAAGUGAGACAUUUCCUAAUUCCUCUCUCAAUCACAUUUUUGAAUCCGAAAAUUUUAGGUUUCCUUUUUUUCUACGAAAAAAGCCUAACGUGGAAAGUAAAAUGCGAAAAUUACACUUCAGAAAGUCGUAGGGAAUUUAUUAGAUAGGCUUCGAAAACUGUACAUGAAUGGAACGGUCCGUCAAGAAAUUUUUAGCUGUCCGAAAAAGAGACCGUCCUCAAAGAAUAGAAAAUUCUACUCAAUGUUUGCUUCUCUGAAUUAGAACAGAUAUUUGAAAGAAAAAAGUCGUUGGGUGCCCGUGAUGUUAUAUUAACCAUUCAAAUGAAAGCAUUUUAGCAGAGCUUAAAGUAAGUAUUGUUAUUCAAAGAUAAAUUUGAAUUUUUUUUUGAGAACUUUUCCUUUAUGAUAAGCCAUUAUUUGGACUAAAAGAGUUAGGCCAGUUCAUUUCUUUUGUACAAGCUGACUGUUAAGUUUCCAUUUUUUUUGUUUUAAACUUAGUUCGAUUCGGCAUAAAGAAUUCUUCUAACUUUCACAAAAAUGCCGGGGGGGUAUUUGUCUUCUUAGUUUCCGCAUAGUUGCCGAGACAGUGACCAAUCUUUGGCCAAAUUUAUCACGCACUUUGUUAGUUAGAUGGUAUGGGAGAGCAUUUUCAGUUGAUUUCAAGUUGUUUUAGGGUAUAUUUCAGUUUUUACGAAAGAGAGAAAAUCCAAAAAAGAAAAGGCAUUGUGUCUAACGGUAUAACGUGGUAUAACGUUCGAUGUAAGGGAGCGGUCAUUAACUAUUGGGGGGGGAGGGCUGGUAAAUUUUGGGGGAGGGCUGUGUUUUUUUGGGCGCCCAUUUGGGGUGGGCCAUAAUUUUAUGGGCCCACGUUUUAUAGGGGAGGGUUACAAUUUCUGGGCGCCUUUUAUUAAAACUUUGGGCGAUGUGCACAGAUGGGUUUUGUGCUAUUGACUUUAGCAUGGCAAGAGAAUCUUCAUAGAAUCGUAUACUCAAAGCUUAAUUGCACAGUGAAAAAGCUCACACCCAGAACAAUUUUAUAAACAUCACUUGAUUUAUUGUUAUUUUAAAAAAUCAACAAAUUCUGGUAUGCUAUAAAACUCAACCAGUCUUAAACAGUAACGGUAUCAAACAUAUUGCCAAUGUCCAGUGAAGAUGUAUAAACGACUACUCAAUGGGCUCAUAGUAAGGAGUGCAUUCCAUUGUGUUCCAGUAGGGGCCAAUGUCUUCUGCACUGCUGCUGUCGUAUGCUUCCACUGCAGUAAAGACACUUCCCGAAUCCUCCUCCUGACAUUGUUCAGUUACAUCACUAUCAUCGGCCCCGUCAUCGCUAUUUCUUUCACUGUCUUUGCUGUCAUUGAUGCUACUUAGGUUGUCUUGGUCGCUACUUUCAUCGCCGUCACUUGCAUUAGAGCUACUCUCACUUUCAGAAAACCCUAACAUUGUUCUAAGCUCUGAUUUCGCGCUGUCAUUCAAAAGUUCGCACUGAUCAAACAUCAAAGCUACCGCCCAUUUCUGCUCUCUUUUUCCAAGUUCUUUUACGAUGUCUCCGCACAAAUCCUCCUUCUCACAAAUCUUACCCUCCGACCAAUCAGGCGCAAUCUUCUUGAGGACCUCAGUCGUCCUGGCCACAUGCCUCGCCUUUUUCCGCUUCACACUCUUUUGGGUAUUUUGUUUCCUUUUUCUUGAUUUUCUUUUCAUUGCAGAAAAGGGGUGCUUAAAUGCUGCUUUGCAGGUUUCUUGGAGCUGACUUAGACUAGUUAUUAAAGUGUGUAAUUCAUUUCUAAAACCCUGCAAUUCGGUUAGCUUUUGCUCAUCAAAGUCAUGUGCAGUUUUAUGUCCUGUUAAAACUCUACCUGAUGAAUGGAUUGUUCUUUCUAAGUGUUCCUUUAGGUUUUUUUGUAAAGUUUCGAUUGAAGUUUCGACCCUCUUUAUGUGUAACAUGUUCUGCGUUAUGGUCGUUGAAUCAUGCGGCUUGAGAAUGUGGUUUUCUCUUAGAAGAAAUCCAGCCUUAGAAGGAUCCUUUACAGAUUUCAGUUGCAGGUAGCGAAAAUCUCGAUGACAGCGAUUGUGACGAUGAUGUUGAUGAUGACAUUGAUGAUGGCAAUGAUGAUUGUGUCUUGGACGAAAUCGGAGAGGAUGAUAGCGAUGAUGACAUCAGUGAGGAUUCUGAUGAGGACCAGGAGGAAGACGAAUCGGUCCAGCAGGAAAAUAACUUUGAAAAUCUUUUGCACACCACACGAUAUGGCCGAACUUGCAGGACCUGGAGGGGUCGAGCAAGAGCUGCGGACUUCUCUUGAAUAGAGACAGCUCUCGCUGAUCCGUUAUUAAAUACGCACAAUUUGUUCACUCUUGAAAUUGACUACAAAACAGGAAUUCAAUGAGUAACAACGGGGCUGUUUAAUGUACGGGUUCCCUUUACUUGGUGAACCAUUGGGUUUUGUAAAUAGUGUAUUAAAAUAGUAACACUUUUUUCUUAUUCCAGUGAAAUAAUUGUCUCAAAAUAACGUUCGUAAAAAAAUCAAAAGUUUUUCACAGGGGAGGGUUACAAUUUUUUGGGCUCACAUUUUAAAGGGGGCCAAGAUUUUUGGGCUGUUAACCUGAGAGGGGCUAACAUUUUUGGGCUCUAACCUUUGAAAUAAUACCGACCCUCCCCCCCCAAUAGUUAAUGACCGCUCCCUAAGAGUUUUAUUUUCUACCGGAGGUCAUCAAACGUUUGUUUAUUUCAUUAUCCAGGUUUCUAUGAAUAAUUAUCCUCGGUUUCUAUGAAUAAUUAUCUUAGGUUUCUAUGAAUAAACUCAAAUUGGAUAUCACCACACACAUUUCCUCUUUCGUCAUGCCUUCCUGACCACAUGAUCAUCCACGGACUAUUUAUUCAGUUGACGCCCCUUAUAAAUAUCCAUUAUAAUUAUCGAGGUGCUACUGAGAGAAACAGGUGCUCUGAAACAAAUCAAACAAGUCAUUCCUUCGCGAGAGUACAGGUAGGUUAUAUUAAUCGGCUUCAAAUGAUCUGCUUCUCUCCAUUUAGACUGCUUAUUCUGCUUACUGAGUGUUUUUUUUCCUCCCUUGUAACAAAGAAUAUUGAUAAAUGCUUUGCUGCGUUGCACCUUCCAAGUUUCCUGCGUUUAAAUUAUGACUUUAGUAUUGCCAUAUUUUUCUUCCGUGGGCGCACUCCGUUGGCUCAGAAGCUAGCAGAAAGCAUUAUAUUAGUUGCCUACAAAGUUACCUGCAAAAUCAGCUACCUCAGUAUUACAUGAAAUUUUGGCGACACGUUAAUUUAGUGAUUCUUCGAAAAUUUUGUUCAUAAGACACUUGAUUUUCGCGAUUUCACGAACUUAAACUUUGGCGAAUUAAGGUAUUCAAAACUUUAAUUUACGACGACAAUAGAACAUUUAUCUGAUAAAAUCAUAAACGUCAAUAGCUUUAUUUAAAUCAAAAUUAUAUAACGUUCUGAAACUUAAUUUUCACGAACGAAACAAACAAAACUGCAUCUGUAAUGCUGUCCUCACCACAUUUUAAGGAACAUUGUCACACAAAGUCAUGAUCGAUCAUCAAAUAGCAUACGUUUGUGGAACUGACCAGACGGUGGAAUUUCAUAUUGUACUCACUUCAGUUUAGCGACGAUUUAAAGUUGGCAACACUUUUUAUUUUGAUGGAUUUUGAUUUUGCGAUUUUUAGAAAAAUCAGUACAUUAGCUAAAUUAAAGUGUCGCCAAAAUGUCAUGAAAAUAAAGUUAUAAUUUUCGAUUAGUUUUGUCAAUUCCUCUGUGCACUAGGUAUAUAUGGCAGUAAACCCCCCCCCCCCCAAACCCCCUAUACACAUGAUCAUUAACAUGUGAAAAAGAGGAAAGUUAGCAGCACAACGGAGUCACCAGCCUCGCUUCUAUUCAAAGGGUGGGGCAUUCAGCAUACUAAAGUAGUGACCAAUAGGCCAUUUGCACGAUGACGUCAUUUUACAACUACUACCACAAACCUUUAGGGUUUUGCUUUCUUGUACAAAUUAGGGCUUUUGCUUUUUAAACCUCACCGGGAUUAGCAAAUUUAAAUAUUAAAGAAAAACGAAAUGAUUCUGGUCUUGGUAGUAAAAAGAUGUCAUCCUGGAAAUGGCCUAUUUACGGAUUAUGGAAAACGAAACAAUCGGACUCUCGUGUAAAUAAAAAUAAAUAAACAACCUCAUCGAAAAAGAACCAAGUAUCCUCAGGUCGAAUCUGAAAUACCCUCUUGCCUCAACUCGAAAACGGAGCAUCAAGGAAGCCAAAAUGAAGCACCUUCUAUUCCGGUGAAACCCCCUACAAACAACUUACCUAAAUCAAUUAAUUUCAAGUGUUAUUUUCCCGUGCUCCCCUCCUCCACCCACGAAAAAGAAAAGAAAAAAGAAGAAAGAAGAAGAAAGUGUAACCAGCGAUCAGGCGUUUUUUCCUUUACGAGAAAGGAGGAAAAUGAGAGACGAAUAGUGAUAAAAGAGAGGAUGAUCGCAGGCUAAACAGUUGUCUACCCCGGGGAAGAGGAUUUGCUGCCGAAGAGGUCUACAUUUUCAGCGCUAUACACUGAGAAUGUUUGCGGUUUUGUGGUCUUUGUGGUAAUUUCUCAUACGGACUAUUUUGGAAAUUGUUGUUGUUGAACUGCAACAUUACGGUAUCGAUAUCUCUAAACACGCAAGAUAAGAUAUUUUUGCGUUUUGGACGAUUUUCGACAUGUUACUGCUGGAUUUGCCAAUUGUUCUUUGCGGUCAUUACGGUAUUUGGUAACCCAACCUACCCUUUAUGUGUGUGCUAGAAGACCAGCCUCAAUAAUAAAUUUACGCCCAGUUCUGGCUGUAAAAAUGUUUUCGUUUAGUGCUAAUGACGAGUCCAAAACAAAAAUUUGUUCCGCGUUUGAACCCUUCUAUAUCGAGUUGGCCUGAGAAAAUAACCGAGUGCAGCCUAGUGACAUUUCGCGACCCAACCACUGGUUUCCCCACGAAAGCGUCUGGGGAACGACUGCAGAAAAUCUAUACUGAUGACGUAUUGCCGACUUAUGUCUGGAAAGCGCUUUUGAUUGGUCGCCUUGGGAGGGAAAUUUGCUUUAACCAAUCAGAAGCGCUAACAAGAUGUGGGUAGUGGCAUGUCAUCAGUAUGGACUUUCUGCGGUCGUUCCCCCGAUGACUUUUUGCUGGGAAAAAGAUGGCAGCUGGUUUCUCAGGUUGCCCCUAAAGUCAAUCAGGAAGGCAUGUUAUCAUAAGCCCCAAAGAAGAAAUAGUUCGAACCUUUGAAUCUUACUGAUGAAAUUUAACGUAUGAUCAUUCUCAAAGCUGUUUCAGUGGUACUUUCAUAGUUCCGUUUUUGAAAAGGUUAUUUGGCUUUUCUCCAGUUUUACGUUUUGCAGUUUGGAAAGUGAAAAAAGGGUUGAUGCGAAUAUGCUAAAAAUGCUAAUAAGUUACUGGAUAUUGUUUGAGUAUGGUUAAAAUAUCUUUUCGUUUUUUUUUUUAUUAAUGCUUUUUUACAGCACAGAAAAGUAUUGACAUAUUACAGAAACAAAAAAUACAGAUUUGUAUAAUUACAUAAUACAACAAAGGAUCAAAUUGACAGUUACAUGAAAUAACUGAGGUUUAGUUUAGGCUUGACUUCACUUAGCUACUUACUGAUAGUUUUUUUUUUCUCAAUAAAAAAGUAAAAGAGGAGUGGGUGGAUGGUUAAACUUUAAGGUGUCGUAUAGCUAACAAAGCGAUAAGCUAGAGGGUAAAAGGUGCAAGCUAACAAAUUUAAUAUAUCUUUUACUGCCAAACGCGCUAUAUGAAACAACAUUUUAAACACAAAUUGCAACAAGGUAUUACCAAUGACGACAGCUAUAAUUGCAAAUUACACAACAAUUUCCUAAAUGCCUAUCAAGAUAAAAGGGCCAGAGGAAGGGGAAGGGCCAGGGGGCCUUGCCCCUCUCCACUUUUUAGCAAAUUAAAAAAAAAUUCGUAAAGUUCUUCACUUAAUAAGUUUUGUUGAUACUAGACUAAGGAUGUUCUUUUACUCCCGUCCACAAAAGGGAAUAAUAGAUAGAGUGAGAUAGGAGUAAUUAUCCUGAAUCAUUGUAAGUUAAAGUUCUGCAAAAUUUAUUGUCCAUGACGUGGCAGAAGUGCCUUUUUCGUGCUAUUUGUUCAGCACUUUUUGCGCUGUAAACUGUCGACGAUUUCAUGGGGAGUUUGCGUGAGAGUGAGUUACUAAAACCAUUAAAAGGCUGAGGUGAUUAACGUCUUUAUAACAUGCACACUAUGGAACCUAUCUCGCAGGUUUGUGAAUAGAAAGGUUCUCCAUGAUGUUGUAGAUAUUUUAAACGGAAGAUCAGGUCCUGAGCACAAAGUACACAUCCUAGCUAAAUUGAUGAAUAAGGAAUCCGCGGCAUACUGCUAUUGGAAAGCCGGAAGAGAGCGAUAGGAAUUUUAGGCUGUUCUUGAAAAAUGGAAACACCCUCAGCUUUUCAGCUAUAGUAUUAAUUAUUUUUUUGUUCGACGAAAUCCGUUAAUCGUAGUAUUCUUAUAACUGCUGGAUCCAUUUGUACAGGCUUAGUAAAGCCUUUGCACCACUCAGCUCCUCCCGCUUCCCUACGCAAUUAAAUCCAGCGCCCUCCACCCCCGCUCCUUAGAAAAGUGCCACGCGGGCCUUGUUGCUCAAAAAUGAUACAUUAUCAGGGUUCGCAAAGUCCUGAAAAUUCCUUGAAUUGCAGGGAAAGUCCUUGACAAGUCCUUAAAAAUUUCUGUGAAAGUCCUUGAAAAGUCCUUGAAUUUUCUUCCACUUUAAAUGUAGUGGUCUGAAAAGUGUUUUUCAAUGCUUUUGGUUGAUUAAGGGGACAAAAUACAAAUCAAAGCUCAGAGAAGUUAAAGGUGAUUUACAUAAAGCGUUUUUGUUUUAUGCCGCAAUAAUGAUCUAUCAAUUAUAAAGACAACGGUAGUGAAAAAUGUAGAGAAUUUGGUGGAGCAUACAGUUUAAGCCUUAAAGUUCUGUUACAAUGGACUGGGAAUGUGCAUUUUUGUACAAAUUAUCUGUGGAAUUACAAACAUUCCUGGUAGGUGUUCCAUGAAAAUCAAAUGUGGUCCUUGAAAAGUCCUUAAAAAUUGUUGCAACUUUUUGUAUGAACCCUGAAUUUAUGUUCAUCAGCUUAAUUCUCAUGAGCACAUUCCUGCAACUAUGAUUCUGUCGGGUGCGGAUACAGACCAGAUAGGUCAAAUUUUUCAUAAAUAAAUAUAUUUGAAAUGAAAAAAAAACUUUCCAAGUUAAAAUCUCGCUAAUAUCCUCUCUGAAUAACUCAGAAACCCAGGAAACGAACUUCCGGGUGUUAAAAUCCAAAAAAGUUCCCAAGGGGGAGAGAGCCCUCACACCCCCCCCUCCCCUUCUAGAAGCUUACGCCUUUUGCUCUCAUUUAGGAAAUCGGACAGCUUUUAUCCUAGUAUCUGCGCCUUGCUGUGUCUGGGCUGUCCUGUUCUUUUUGUUAUCCAAUUUACGCUAUGGAACUUAACGUUAGUGAAGAAAUUAUUUGCAAAUAGUAAAAUCACAGCUUCUUGCCUGACAAAUAUUGGCUUCCUAACAACAACAAAAACUUUUAAAAAAAAGUUCAGUCGUAGGCCAACAAGUUUUCAAAACCCACGAUUGCAAUCCGUUUUAAUCUUAUUCAAGAUUUUCCGUCUGUACAUUUCACUCAAUUUAAUUGGUUGCAGUUCCUACUGUUUAAAGUUUGGUAAUUUCGAGACUGUCACAGCUCCAUUAACUGUGUUGAUGUUUCGAGUUAUCGACUCGCCAAAGUAUUACUCUUUACUACAAUUUUUAGGAUGUAUGUUGACUUCCUAGAAAAAAUACCACCACCAACAACAAAAAAAUAAAACCAUCGCCCUACAUCUGAAGAUGAGUGAGCUGCUUAAGUUUUGGGAACGUCAGGGGUGGAUUCGCGAUCGCUGAUUAAUUACAGGGUGGAGUGUUUCAGGAACACUACUAUAUUAGCCUGAAUUUCAGCGUCUCCCGAGACGACUUACACUCCUGAGAAAGCGCGACCCAAGGAGACGGCUGAAAUUCAGGCUGGACCACUGCCUGCCACUGAAAUGGUUUUAAGAAGCAGUUUCAUGUGUUAACUGAAAGGACCACGGCAAAAAGAAUACAGAAUCACAAAUUACCUUUACUGCUACAUGAUCAUAGUAUCACAGGGCGUUUCAUAGAUCCAGACUGCCUGCAACUGAAGUUAUUCUGUUUGAUUUUGUUUGGAAAGUAGUAUUAUAUAUGAAUCUAACUUUAAAUCGAAAGCACCAAGGAAAACGUAGGGACAGUUUAACAGUGCUAAAACACGAUGAUCGAGGUAAUUGACAGCAUUAUUCCGAUUUUUGUCCAUAUCAAAGCAUUCAUGGCGCAAAGUGGGAUCAGAACAACUCCUGAACAAGUCCUGGACUUUGACGAAGACACUCUGAAAGGUAAAGAUACUUUGAACCUUUAAUAAAAGUGUACCACUCGAGGGCUUUUAACUGUUUAACCCUCGGACGUACAAGGGGGGGGAGGGGGUGUUUGCUCUAAGGUUUUUUUUUUUUUUUCCUUGCCGAUAAAACAUCAGCACCCGAAGUUUUCAGUAGCUGUUCUUUUAUCCCUCGCGCGCAUUUUUAGACAAGUUUAAUGAUGGUUAGUUACUAUGGUUACGAGACGUGACGUCAUAAGUAGCAGGUCAAGCUAUUUUUGAGUGGUGUUUUGUCAACUUUUAUGAACAAUAAAAGAAAAACUUGUGGAUGAAAUGAUACAAAGUGCUUAUUUUUAAUAUUUUACGUGUCAAGCGCAAAAAAUUACCACUUAUCGCUAUUUCAACCUGAUUUCUAAUUCUUGGUAAAAUCCAAGAUAGCGACCAUUGUUGGUGAAGUCACAGGCCUCCAGCAGCGCUAACACAUACAAAAUAUACCUCAUCUGUUGACAAGAUUAAAGGCUUUCCACUGAAGGCAAAAUCGUUUUGCAAUACUGCAACUCAUCUAAAACUCUGGGUAGGGAUUCAAUCAACCUCCCUUGUACCACGGUGGGGGUAUGAAUUUGCUUGUACGACCGAGGGCUGACUGAUAACAAGGAACGAAUAAAUGUAAUAUAAAUAUAAAGAUCAUGGAGUCAGAAGCUAUUUUACGACCAUGGGUAUGGUUCCGUGAUUGUAUGUUCCACCCUAGUGAUAUAUUGAACAGUUACUGAGAUUGCACAAUUUUACCUUUUCAUCUAAAGGAGCUCCAGCUUGCCGACUUUCGGAAGCCUAAGUGCAUAUGUAAUAAUACAAUAAUUUAGUUCAUUACUAGCAUUAAAGGAUAAUAGUCUUUGAAUCAUUUCCUGCCAUUUCAGAACACCUCCCCCUAUCUUUCGGACUCCCCCCCCCAACCCCCGCAGUAUGCUCACCAUUAUGUGUUUGGAUUAACGUAAUUAUAAACCCCCAAAAGGUAAUGUAUAAACAUGCUAACAAACAUCUUUUGACAUUCAUGAUAGGCUUCUAAAGACUGCUCUAAUUGUUUAGUAACGUUUCUUUGCUCUUUUAAUGUAUGGCUGAAUGGAAAUCAGUGGUUUAGUGGAUAAAAUGCCCUUACAGACCUGGUGAAGUCAAUCUAAUGUAUCUGGCCUGAUUAUCUCGUAGUCGGUAGAUAGAGAGUUUUAAUAUGGUUUCUUAGUCAUAUCAUGAAGGCUACGCUAAGUCUUGCCAAGACAGCUACCACAGCAAAUCUAACAGGCUUAUAGUUAGAAACAAAUAACAAGCCUAGUUAUAUGGGAAAAACAAGACAAUUCAACGUCGAAUAUUGUCAGGAACGAAUUAAAAAAAGCAAAAACAAAAAUAAUAAGACUGAGAAAAUUCGACACCCUUUGUACAACGGCUCGCCCCAUGUAAGUGAAUCUAAGACGGUGCUGGAUUCUAUAUUCCACGUCGUAGAUUCCGGUUGUCAGGUACUUGAUUCCAGUCUUUUGUCAGUGGAAACUGGAUUCUGGAUUCCAGUCAUGAGAUUCCGGAUUCCUUGAGUUGCAUUCCGGAUUCCAAAGUCCAGGAUUUAGCAUUCCACCAGGAAAAUGUUCCCGGAUUCGAAAUCGCAUUCCGGAAUCCGAAUUCCUUUACAUGGGGCAAAACGGCCUAUGUCACAGCCUAUGCUGUUAAGGUGGUAAGACAACUGGCAGUCAGGUUCAAAGACCUUUCUAUCUGCUUCAAUUUUAGCAAUAGCAGAAGUUUACAAAAAUGAAGGAAAUGAAGCGUAUCUAAAGGAAGAUUACAACAACGCCAUUUACUUUUACACUGAGGGCAUUAAAGUGAACUGCAAGGACAAAGACAUCAUGGCUAAACUUUACAGCAACAGAGCAUAUGCGAACCUUCGAGCAGGUGAGGUUACUUGUACAGUGGAAGCUCUCCUUGCAAUCACUCUCGUAAGCGACCAGCUCUAGUUACGACCACCUUUGUGAAACCCCGUUUGAACUGUGACUUUAAAUUUAUCAUGAAAGGCUGUUGUCGUAAGCGACCGCGACCACUUUUGGGAUUACCCAACUGGAGUUUUAAUUCUUUUGUUUUUAAGCUUUAAUGAUCACUCAGAUUCUCAUUCAUAUAAAUCAACUCUUUAAUGAAACUACACACUGAGCUAAUGGUCUAAAAAUUGAACAUAAAGCUUAGCCAUGUCCAUUUCAGUUAUAAAGACACUCAUUGAACAUUAAUGUCUUUUGUUUUUUCCAUAUGAAUUAUUUAUUUGUUUCUGAAACUCCCCUAAGCGACCUCCGUUUGUUGUUUUACCUUGUGGUCACUUUCGAAAGCUUAAUUUUGUAAACCAACAGCUCUAGAUGCGACCACAUUUUCAGUCGAAUUUGCGAGGUGGUCGCUUACGAGAGCUUCGACCGUAUUUUGCAAAUACUGGGCGGGAAAGGAGGAAUGGGAGACUAGCUACGUGGUUGGCUCGUCACAAGGCGCAAUCCGGAGGUACUGAGUUGUAUUGAUCAGUCAGCUUACUCAGUCAAAAGAAGCUGCAAGGAUUUGUUUCUCGAUAAUCCUGACUUAACUAAACUUUUGUUAGUUGGGGCUUUGUGUUUUGUUUACUUCGGACCAUUUGUUUGUGAUUACUUGAGUAGUCUGUCCCUGUAAACUAGGUGGAACAGCUGAGUGAAAUCUACUAUAAAGAAAGUUUUUGAUCUUGUAGAUUGUACUAUCCAGUGGGGGGUAGGGGGGGGGGGGAGUGAGGUUGGUACUAUAUACACUAGUUCUUGGUAAUGCGGGUCUGACUUUGGGACUUGCCUUCAUCCUCCAGCGCUUGCCACCUUUUGCUUCCUCGUGUUUGCUUUUAAAGUCUGACGGCUCGCUGCGCAUGCGUUUCUGUCAUUGACAUUUUGCCUAUGUUUUUUUUUCAACGUUCAUAGGACGUUUCAUUUACUCACUGGUUGAUACAAAAAAUGCCACGGACAUUCGACCGUCGUCAAUCAAACCAAUAAUUGCAGGUAAUAUAAUUUCAAAGGUUCAGUGGCCUCUAAGAAACACACUGAGUUUAUCAUGAUGUCAAUGUAAUCAUAGCCUGUGCACAGACGUUACUUUCUUUCUUUUUUUUCAACGGAUUUUUGCGAUUUCACCAGUUGCAGUCUCGUACGAGUCGACUACCACUUGUCAGGGCCCCCUCUCAAACAAUGGUUCACAAUUCUAAGUGUCUCUAAUGAGAUGAGAUGCGAGAUGUCACCAGUUGCAGGACUCGUACGAGUUGUACCACUUGACCGGGCCCCCCUUAGAAAUUGAGGGCAAUGUUCUCGAGAUCGCGAGAGGGGAUCGAUACAAAAGUUAGUUAGUUUGUUUGAGAGAGGACCCUGUCAAGUGGUACGAGUCGCGCAACUGGUGAAAUCUUGCAUCUCAUUAGAAGAACCCGCAUACGAUCUUUUCAACCUGCGGAAUCGUACCGCUGUAUAUGCCUGUUUCAUUGAUUUGAAUAUAAUCAUAAUCAUUUUUACACCUUUAUAGGGGCGAAAGUCUGUGCAAAGGAUUAGCAGUAUCCUUUUGAUGCCUACAAAAUAUAGUCUGUAGUCUCGGUACUAGCUAUACGCAUUACACUGACGAUUUAAACUACAAACUGAAUAUGAUAACACGUCCUUUUUGAAGCAUGUCUUACUUUCAAAGCAAAACCAAAAAAGAGAAAUGAAGAAAAGAAAAGAUGUCUCUUAGUCACCUUUUGUCUUAUGAACAGGUACAACACCUCUGGCCCCAUAGUGGACUAGUAUACCUUCUAAGUAUCCCAUAUGGUGCAACUAGUAACGUUCCUCGUAUUCCAAGUAUACUUUACACGCACUUAAUUUUAAGAUAUAUUACUACUUACGCCUUAACAAUUUGAAAAGAUUGAAACGGAAAACACAACCUUAUUGGAGCUGGCUUUGACAUGCCGAAGGCGAAAAAUCGAGAAAGAGGUAUCUUGUUUUAAUUUCAUACUACUAUAAUAAGCUCUUCGCUAGGAUAAGCAAUCCACAUCAAGGCCUUCAUAUUGUACUGUUAUUGUACUGAUAUUUAGUUGACUCUGAUUAAAGCCGGGAUUUCAUCGGUACCACCAUCCUUCCGUUUAUGUCUGAUUGCUUUGCCCUUCAAAAGGGACAAAGUUUACGAUUGUUUACAAGAAGAGCGAUGCCAGUUAAGGCCAUGACAGAACAGAAGCAAGAAAGUAUCAAAAAAGUGAUGCUUGAUAUUUACUCAUGUCCAAAUAACGACAUAAACAAACUAAAAUGGGCUUUCAAAGGAAAGAUGUUACUAAAAUGGUCUUUGAGAGAGCAAGAGGUUAUUGACGCAUGCGCUGUAGGCCAUUAACGCUAUUCAAACAGGGGGCGCUCCCAAUCUCGACCCCAGAGCUCUCCUGCGCAUGAUGCCAGGGAGGACGAGCUCUGGGGAACCCUAGCCUGUAGUAAGAUUGUCUCUGAUUGGUUUCAGCAAACAACAAUAAAAGUGUUCCUGAUUGGUCCAUACAAGUUCGCACGAGAGCGGUUGAACGUGCCGCGUGUCUGGCGUGUGAGCUGGUUUUUCCCUAGAAAUGUUGAAGUAAACACUCCCUGCCGAUUUUUUAUUUCUGCGAUUUCAAAACAACAUUUGCACGACUAAUUAGGGAAAAUAACUGGAUUCCCAAAUUUUCAAAUAAAAUACUUUAGCUAAAUAUCGAAAAUUGACCAAUAAAAAGAUUUGAAUAUGAAAAAUAAGAUAAAAAUACAUCAACAUCUUUGCCAGCUAUAAUUUAAGGAGCAUGACACAUUACUGAUUUUUCUUCGACUUCCACGUUAUCGUAUUCACACGAAGUAGCCGAGUAUGAAUAAAAACGUUUGCUUCUUGUCGUAAAUCGCCCCAAAACAGACUUGCAAGAGAAAAGUAAACAGAAAACGUACGUCGUGUCCUAAAGUGAUGCGUGUACAGUGCGACUAGAUAUUUAUAGUUGUUUUCUUUUCUCACGAUAUCGCAUUUCAAGUAGCUUUAACUGAAGCGUUUAAUAUUCAUGAACAAACCUAAAUAAAAGGACGCUAAAUUCAAAUUUUGGAAAGUUUUUAUUGGAAUUUCGAUACGUUUAUUCUAACAAGCCGUUCGGGUUUCACUUACCGCCUCGUGAAGUAGUCCACGCAAAUAUUUAAUCAACCGUCAAGCAUAUGAAAAUUUAUAAAAGAUAAAAAAACCUAAUUGAAACGAAUGGAUAUCAUGAAAUUUGAAAAGUUUAAGCUCCUUAAAGAUGGGACCAGUGUUGGCAUCGUAGGUAGAAUUGUUCACUAUUCUUAGCGCACGUUUCUGUAAGAUUACAAUUCUUUGAAGGUUCGCUUUAUAGGUGCCACCCCAAGCUAGAUCGCAAUAGUAUAAAUAUGGAACUAUCAUUGAAUUACACUUAAUUCAGCAUUAUCUUAUCAAAUUUAUUAUAACUGAACAUGUGAUCCAGGCUUUUUUGUGACUAAUUUGAGAAAAAAAACAUGAAUCAAACGAAUGGUUCAAUUUUCCACAAUGUUCAGUUCUCUGGGAAUCUCAUAUUUUGUAGAUUUUUUGCUUCCCGAGCAUCCUUUUAUACACAGACCAAAUUUCCUAUCACGAUUACCUUGAUUUAUACGUCUUAUAUGGGUUUUCAGUAAAGCAGAAUACAUUUGAUUAAUUCAAAAUGAAGGAUUUAAGAUGGCGGAUAGUUCCAGUGCCUUGAUCCUUUAAUAGUUGACGUCAUCAUAACAUCACUGCAAUUGAUGUGUUAUCCAACUUUCUAAUUUUAUCAGACACCUUACUAUUUUGGAAUUUUUUGCGCUUUAUUACCACUUUGAGGGGCAUUUGGAUUCAGCUAGUAUAUUUUAAAAAAGAUGACGUCAUUUUGAAGUCAAAUUACUUCAUUACGUUAAUCUAGUUGUACCCAGAUGAUUUACAAACGAUGAGUAAAUUGUUUUUUGUAAUUUUGGUGGCCGUAACAAGAGCGGUUUUGAAGUUAUAAAGGGGGAUUUCCGAAACCCCCUCCUACACUCGGUCACUGGAAGAAUAUAAAGCGCGGUCUGAAUAUAAAGGGUUACACACCAAUCAUCAAAAAUUUCGCACAGAAUACGAAGUAAAGAUCAACAUUAUAAUUAGAUAUAUUAUAGAGAUAGACUAAAUUGUGGAAGAAAUUACCUGACAAAAGAGAAGUCAUAUGAUAAGUCCAAUAUUUAUAGACCAAAUGUGUGCCAAAGAAAACAGUUUAUUGCUUCUUUGUCUUGUGCUUUUCCAAAAAUAAAAGUACUAAGCUGGUCAUUUUCCAUUAAUUUUAUUCACUUCAAAUUCAAAUUUUCUAUCAUGCACUCUCAAAUCUCAAAACUUCCCCUUUCCGCCUAAUUGUUACUCACCCUUCCCCCAAUUUUUCUUGAUUAAUAAAAGCGCAGAAGAUAACUUUAAUAUUUACCGUGGGAGUGGCAAGCUAAAAACGAACGCAAACGUAUCGAGGCACCUUCGCAUGAAUGAAAACUCGGCAAGAAUUAAGUAGUAGGACGUUGUUAUAUUCCUCAUUUUAUUCCUAUCUAUAAAUUGUAUCUGCAAUCAUGGACAAACGUCUUGGAACACUUUUGCAUUUCUGUGGCGUUUUCCAAUUCACAUAGGCCCAACCCCUCCCUUCACCCCACAAACAAAGUUGAACGCUUGUAUCCAGAAUUUAUUGUGAGUUUCAACUUUGUAUAGGGUGGGGGGAGGGAGAACUGCAAGAAAAGUUCGAAAAAAGAUGCACUGUUUUAUGAGAAAAGCCAGAAACGACAGAAAAAUAUAAAUACUGCAUUACCAGUCCCAAGGACUUUUGUCCACGAUUGUAGUUAAAGAUAAUUUGUUAUGUAUUAAUUAGAGUUUAUCUACAGCCAUUUCUUUCACUUUCGAUAUGGUUGGAUGUAUUUUGCUUAAGAUAAUCAGUUUUGGAAUUAUUUCGUUUAGAGAAGUAUUAGCCAGCCAGGGAGAAUUACAAGCUCUUUUUUCUGCUCCGUUAAAUUAAAGCUCAAACCAGUUAAGUAGAAUAUGAUAAAUUAUGGCCUUAGGUCUGCGCUUUUAUAGUGCAUGCGCCUCUAUUGUAGAACGGGUUACGAGUAAUUUCAAAGCUUACUUUUGAAUUGUAGCCAUGUUCUUUCAUGUAAUUAGUUUUAAUUUUUACAUUUAUACUGUAAAUGAGGAUAAUUGAAAGUUUUAAACUUAAUAUGUAAUCGCUUAGAAAUGUCUUUUACAGGCGCUAUAUAAAUGCCAUUAUCUUAUCCAUCUUUUCCGCAUGGAUAGCGAAGUAUCCAGGGCUUGUGAAAAGUUUGACAUCAUUGGGAAAGAACUGUCCGUGAUAGGGAGGUAAUCCCUUUCAUAGCGGAGCUCUCUCGCGGGAAGCGGAGCACCAUGGGUAAGAAAAUUUGGUAAACUAUGCAUCCAAGAAAUUUUGGUUCUGAGAAAAUCGUCCGUACGUACGUUCACCCCUUCAUGUAAACCGGGGUGAUAUUUUGCAUUUCAAGUACCCGCGCGUUUCGGCGGUAAAUCGCAUAGCCACCCGGACGUUUAGAGAUACAAAACAACAACGAAGCUGAUUCUUUCUUUCCAGAACAGAGAAAGAACUAGAGCCAGAGAUAAAAAACAAAUCAGACCAAUUUCGUUUGAAGAAUAACAUGACAAUUUUAUAGCGGCUGUGAGAAAAUGAGAAAUGCUAGCGGCCACCAGGGUAAAAAUCGGCGGCAGCGAAAAAAUAGUGAACAGGAAAACAUACAACAUUUCCUCCAUAAAACGUAUAACUAGGAAGUUUCUGGAAGUUUCACAUUGUCGUCCUGCGAAACAACGGCAAAGAAAUGUACAAAAAAAAGUUGUUUUUUUUGGUAAUGAGACUAUUGUUCUUUUUUUGCUGUUUUCGUUGCCGUCGUCGCUUGGUUAGCAUUACACGAUUUUAGAUUAUGUUUCAGUAAUCUAUAGAUAUUAACGAGAGCUUCGCUUUUAGCCCUGGCUAAAUCUAUUUAGUAUAUACUAAAACAGUGGAUAGUGUUUUUCGCGCGCUCUGAUUGGUUACUCAACAGUGAAUAUCCUGCACUAUUCACUGAUUCACCUCCAGUUCCUCCGAGCGAGCGACGCCAAACUCGCGUAGGUUGCGAGCAAAAUGCUUUCCCGGCUUGCUGCCGUAACAAACUAAGAAAUUUCACAAUUAAUCAAGCAAGCUAUUUCCGAAAUACACUAAGUUUGGUUUGGAAGUUUUAACAGGAAAAGCUUUGUCUUUUUGACUUGAAUAGUUAUCGAUAAAAUUGGUGAAAAAGUUUUUUGUUUACAAAUGCAAAUUAAGCUUAAGUCUUGCGUUACUUUAUUUAGUUGACUUGUUCAUAAAUAAGCUUAAAACUAAAUUUAAUAAUCUUUUUUACAGAAUCAUUUUAAAUACAAACAGAAUUCACAACUCCUUUUGAAGAAACUUCCCCGCAAGAGCUAAACAAACGCCUUCAAAAGUUUUAUUUGUCGCUAAGAAAAAGCGACGACCGCGGCCGUUCGGUCAUCGCGCGCCAAAAUUGUAAUCUUUGGCAACAGUAAAUGAGUAAAAAAUCAUCAUUUUGUGCUCAAUUAUCUCACUGUUUUAGUAUAUACUAAAACAAUUAUUCACCUCAGUGUCGGUGGCUUGUAGUGGAUAUUUUCCUCGCCGCUUCGCGGUCUCGGUAAAUAGCAAUACUAGCCACCUCCACUUCGGUAGAUAAUUGUUAUAUAUUAAACUGUGUCCGUAAGGCAACUGCAAUACUGUGUCCAUAUGUUUUGUUAUUGGGCUGCCUGCACUCUGUGUUUUACGACACACGAACUUCACCCGUUGUUUGGAUGUGUAUAUAUUUUUAAGUCUUUGAAUGGGAAUAUCUUGUCGUAAAUGCAUAGAUAGGCCCAAUAGACAUCAACCUUGUGGAUUUUGUAAAUCCUUUUUCUGACUGUGGAUCUUGUGCCGUUUAUCACAAUAACACACGGACUCGUACCAAACAACCCGCGCUCAGAAAGAUGUAAGAAGGAUUUGUAAGCUCUUUACACUUUUAAUGGCUUUUACCAGGACAGAUACUAACUCUUUUGGGGUGCUUUGCUCAACACUGUUUUUAGGCAUGUCGAGGAGGAAAAGGUAAACAUGGACAACUCGAUACAACUUGCAGAAAGGAUUGCCGUAAUUGCCUUGCACAUAAAGCUUACAAACACGGUGAUUUCAAAACAGCCCGAGAUUACUUCGAAUUUUCUUUGAACGAAGCCAAGGAGGCUGGAAAUAAAGCUGCUAAAGGAUAUAGAUACAUCAACCUUGGCAGUGUUUAUAGCUCACUCGGCGAUUUAAAGAAAGCAAAGGAGUUUUGUCAGCUGGGUCUAGGAAUCGCACAAGAGACUGGAAACAGAGAUUGUGAAGGACAGGGAUACAACGUCCUUGGCUGUGUUUAUCAUUCCGUCGGCUAUUUCAGGAAAGCAAAGGAGUUUUGUCAGCUGGGUCUAGGAAUCGCACAAGAGACUGGAAACAGAGAUUGUGAAGGACAGGGAUACAACGUCCUUGGCUGUGUUUAUCAUUCCGUCGGCUAUUUCAGGAAAGCAAAGGAGUUUUGUCAGCUGGGUCUAGGAAUCGCACAAGAGACUGGAAACAGAGAUUGUGAAGGAAAGGGAUACAACAACCUUGGCUGUGUUUAUGGCUCACUCGGCGAUCUCAAGAAAGCAAUGGAGUUUUGUCAGCUGGGUCUAGAAAUCGCACAAGAGACUGGAAACAGACAUUCUGAAGGACAUGGAUACAACAACCUUGGCGGUGUUUAUCGCUCACUCGGCGAUCUCUAGCCUGCGAAAACAUCCGUUUCUCCUCGCUCUUCGCCACUAGGGACGUUUCGAGCGGAGGAACGUCUGCGACUCAGCGACAGAAAUUCCAUACUGAUGACGCAAAUCAAUGUUUACAUAAUAAAUCCAGUAGUCAUUGGGUUCCUCAGCGACAGAAAUUCCAUACUGAUGACGUAAAUCAAUGUUUACAUAAUAAAUCCAGUAGUCAUGGGGUUCCAAAUAUAAAUCUGUCUAAUUUUACGUGUCUUCUGGUCGAUUUUGGUAAAGUGUUUUGCUUAUCUGCCAACGAGCUCCAGCAAAACUCAAAUGCUUCUUCUAGAGAAGAGUAUAUUCCACAAAUAUUGACUGUUUUGUUAGAGAUUCUUUGCGUUUACAUUUGACCUUUGUGGCCUUUUGUCUUUUGUCUGUCAUUUGUAAAACAAUAGCUUAAACAAUGUAACUACUUCGUCGACCAAUCAGCGCUUCUGACCGGAUUCCGGACAGAUUUUACGUCAUCAGUAUGGAAUUUCUGUCGCUGAGUCGCAGACGUUCCUCCGCGCGAAACGUCCCCAGCGGCGAAGAGCGAGGAGAAACGGAUGUUUUCGCAGGCUAGGCGAUCUCAAGAAAGCAAUGGAGUUUUUUUGGAUGGGUCUAGGAAUCGCACAAGAGACUGGAAACAGACAUUUUGAAGGACAUGGAUACAACAACCUUGGCGGUGUUUAUCGCUUACUCGGCGAUCUCAAGAAAGCAAUGGAGUUUUAUCGGCUGGGUCUAGGAAUCGCGCAAGAGACUGGAAACAGACAUUUUGAAGGUCGUCGAUAUAACAACCUUGGCUGUGCUUAUCAUUCUCUCGGUGAUAUCAAGAAAGCAAUGGAGUUUUUUCGGCUGGGUCUAGGAAUCGCAAAAGAGACUGGAGACAGAAUUUCUGAAGGUACUGAAUAUAACAACCUUGGAAGUGUUUAUGAUUCUCUUGGCGAUUUCAAGAAAGCAAUGGAGUUUUAUCGGCUGGGUCGAGGAAUCAAAAAAGAGACUGGAGACAGAGAUUCUGAAGGUAAUGGAUAUAACAACCUUGGCUGUUCCUAUCUUUCUCUCGGUGAUAUCAAAAAGGGAAUGGAGUUUUGUCAGCUGGGUCUAGAAAUCGCACAAGAGACUGGAAACAGAGAUUCUGAAGGACGUGGAUACAUCAACCUUGGCGGUGUCUAUCACUCUCUCGGUGAACUCAAGAAAGCAAUGGAGUCUUGUCGGCUGGGUCUAAAAAUCGCAAAAGAGUCUGGAAACCGAAAUUUAGAAGGAUCUGCAUAUAGCAACCUUGGCGGUGUCUAUUACUUUCUGGGUGAUCUCAAGAAAGCAAUGGAGUCUUAUCGGCUGGGUCUAGGAAUCGCAAAAGAGACUGGAAACAGAAUUUUAGAAGGAUGUGCAUAUAACAACCUUGGCAGUGUCUAUGAAUCUCUCGAUGAUGUCAAAAAAGCAAUUGCGUUUUAUCAGCUGGGUCUAGGAAUCGCAAAAGAGACUGGAGACAGAGAGCUUAAAAGACAUGGAUAUAGCAACCUUGCCAGAAGUUAUCAUUUUUUUGGCGAUAUUUUUAAAGCCGAGGAGUUUGGUAAAUCUUGUGUAAAGCUGGUCGAGAAAAUGAGGGUUCUUCUUCAAGGCAAAGACGCGUGGAAAAUACACGUCCGGGAUGAAAGUGAUUUUAGCUUUAGAAUUUUAUGGAGACUUCAGUUACAAAAAGGCAAGACUCUUGAAGCGCUUUUUACAGCAGAGACAGGGCGAGCACAAGCUCUUAUGGAUCUCAUGAAAUCGCAAUUUGGCGUCAGAAAAACAAUUCGCAAUUCGUCAAAACCGCAAAUGGAUCUAACAAUUUCUAGUAUUUCAAGUCAUAUUACGUCACCGACGCUAUUUCUGGCGGAAGAUACAAAUAUUAAUGCAGUGUAUUUCUGGUUACUGCUUAAUGGACAGCAAUUUAACUUUUUUCAAAAGGAAGUCAGUGAUGAUUUGACGUCAUUGACUCACCAGGCAUACGAAGAGAUUGGUGUCAGCCGUGGCGUGAAGUGCAAGAAUCACUCCUUAGAUGAGCCAGAAGUAAAGAAAUUGAAAUCUUCUCUGAAAGGGGUACAGAAUUGACGUCACAGCAAGUCGAGGGUGGUACUUUAAGAACAUUGUAUGACAUGGUUAUAGCUCCUUUUUCACACUUAAUAGAAGGUGAUGAACUCAUCAUUAUCCCUGAUCGUUCAUCAUUUUUUAUUCCUUAUGCUGCUCUUAUGGACCAGCAUUCCAGGCAUUUGUCUGAAAAGCUGAGAAUUCGACUGGCUCCAACACUAACAUGCUUGAGGCUGCUGGCAGAGUGUCCGGAAGGCCGCCAUAGUGCAUCUGGUGCACUGCUUGUUGGUAAUCCGUGGUUGAAGACUGUACCCAUCAAAAACAGCAGACCAUUUAAACAGCUCCCGGGUGCUGAGAAAGAAGUAAAAAUGAUUGGACAGAUUCUUAACAUUGAGCCUCUUACUGGUAAGAACGCUGCAAAAUAUCAAGUUUUAAGCAGGCUUCCCUCAGUUUCUUUAGUACACAUGGCAACUCAUGGUUGUGCAGAAACCGGUGAAAUUUAUUUGUCUCCUAAUCCCGCUAGUAUGGAGAAACACGAAGAGAAAGACUCACUUUUGACGAUGGCAGAGGUGUUAGAUACACAAUUACGCGCCAAGCUUGUUUUCUUAAGCUGCUGCCACACCGCACGAGGGGAGAUCAAAGCCGAAGGCGUGGUUGGAAUGACGCGUGCCUCUUUAGGAGCCGGUGCACGCUCUGUUAUUGCGUCACUGUGGGAGCUUGACGACGAAGCUACUCUGGAGUUUAUGAGACUCUUUUACAAACAUUUGGUAGCAGGGAAAAGUGCAAGUAAGUCGCUUCAUCACUCCAUGAAAAGGAUGCGGGAACUUGAACAAUUUAAUGCCUUGAAGUACUGGGCACCGUUCGUGCUGAUUGGAUAUGACGUGACAUUGAAUUUUGGGCAAUGAAAGGUGAGGCUCCCAGUAGUGUAAACUAAAGGAGAAACGUAAUCACGUGUGAAGGUUUGUAAACAAAAGGGCGGGUUUUAACCCUUGUCUCUUAGAUUUCUUACUAGUUUCUGAUCGUUGAAUUGCAGACCCCAAAGUACAACCGAGCAACAAAUAAAAGGACAGUUAAAUAAUGGUCUAAUCCAGAGACAAAAAACGCAGAGGAGACUGAGAAGAACCAAGCUGAUGCAAAAUGUCCAACACACGCGGUUAUUAUUUCCAUCCACUGGCUAAAAUUACAUCGACAGACCCUGUCAUCCAGAAUCCCAAAUCCCUAUUCCAGACCCUAGAGUACACAAUUUCAGACCAAAAGGGUGACGACCUUUGUAGCUUCCAAGAGAACAUUCGUUUGUAUUGUCAAACAUAACGCGGGUAUAGCUCGAUAAGGGAGUACAUUAGUGCCUCCACCACCACGGCAAAAAAAUUCCACUUGGUCAUAGGAAACAUACUCGCUUCUUUAGGUUGAAAAAUGGUAGAAACUACUAAGCUUUUUUUUUCUCUGCUUCUGUCUUGGUCGACUGCAGAGCUAACACUAAGAUAGAUGGACUUCUGAUAUUUGGAACCGACAAGCCUGUUCUGACGGACAGGUCGACCUGAACACAAGUACUGAGACUUCAACAAGUGAAGACAACUCGUUGGGCAAGGGCUUCUCGGAAAAGAUCCAGUCAUUGUUGGAGGAACCAUUUAUUGAGUUCAAGUUAUGAACUGGGAGGCUUAUGCAUGAACUUAAAACAUUAGGAUAGAUACUCAACUACUAACCAUAACAUCCAGAUCUAAGUUUUCCGAUAAAUUUAUUUUCAAAGUUAGCUAAAGGCCUAGGAGUAUACCGUUAUCCUACGUGUAAAAAUGUUAGCCAAAAGACUCAAAAUUUCCUUAAUAUACCCCAAACUAAAAGAGAUAAAGUCUUACACUGUGUGCUGAAAAUCAUUCGGCCAUGCCCAUGAAGUGUCUUGUUUCCCAACUCUCUUUCGUAAACAACCUAGUCUCAGGGCUCUUUCAAUUUUCUAAGAUAAACGCUGUUGUGAGAGAUUUCCGCAUGCCCCCAAACCUCGCCGACCUUGAUAUUUAGAGGCAAUUGCUUGUAAAUGACUUUUCUACAAAUAGAGAAAUAUAACUCUUUACUGGGCUGCCUGUGCGCCCAGUCAUAAAAUGGGCUUUCGGUCGUCUGCGGCGAAAAACGGCCUCCCGGGGGAGGGAAGACAGAGGGUCUGGUACCGAGAAACGAUGUUCUCACAAAGGGUUUCAUAUGAGUUUCUCUUGCACGGAGCCUUACACGGAUACUUUUUGUACCUCGUCUGCGCUCCCCCUGAAAAAUCCACAAAGCGUUGCGAACCUGAAGAAGGCUAUUUGCGUUGUUCGAAGCGAUUCGAUCAUGGGAGUCACUCUAUAAUUUUUUUAUUGUUCGAGUUUAAGUCAGUUAGAUGAUGUUGGCGCUGGGAAACUCAGAGAAAUGCUCGCGUUGCAUUCAAACCGACACGCCGUUCACGGUAGGUUCACACUAAAAGAUGACUCUGAGCGUCACGUUUGGAACGCCGUGACCGCUUCGUGAACUCAAAGAGAGAAUUAUCGAUCGAUGUAGUACAUGAGCAAUUAAGAAGCACAAUUUAUGAGCAAGGUAUUUCACCAGUUGACGACACUAUGGCUGAAGACUAGAUUGUAAGCCUUCGUAGUCAGUGAAGCGAACAACUCAGUUGACGAUGAAUGGCAACACGCACGUCCAUGAGCGAGGGACGUGACAACUUUGCCAUGUUAGAAGACUGGCUUUUCCUUUAAAUAUUUUCUUCUAUUUGAUGCAACAUACGCCACUUUGGAGGUCUAAAUUUCGGAUACUGAGGAUAAAGAAGACACGGACAAAAAUAGGGACUCUGAGAAUUUCGAACACAAGUUUAAAGCUUCACCGGGACAUCCCAUCCGCGAGCUUCACAGAGAGCGACUUGAGGAAAAUAGGAGCUAUUAAUGACAAGGUUUGGUGACUGAGUAGAGCAUACAAGUGUAGCCCACGUCGAGGUUUCAGGGGGUUUGCUUUUGUUUGUAUUUGUAUCUUGCUAUUAGCUUUUAUCAUUAAAUUUGUACAUGAUCUUGUGAUCACAAUUCUGUGUUUUCGCCCAUUCAGCAAGCACGCUAUAUUGAUGUCAGCAUUAGCGAGUUUCAGAAACAUGCCUUUGAAAGUUUUCAGCUCUCGUGCUGUUUCUUGAUAUUUCUUUUACCAUUUUAUGGAGAUGUAAACUGAAGUCACCGCAAAAUGGAAAAUUAAAAAAGCGUACAAUCCAUUUAUCUCGAAACAUAACACACAUGACUUAUACGACCUUUAUUUUCGUAAAGGUGUUUUGAAUAGAGUACCGAAGUGAUGACGUCAUAAAAAUGAAAUUUGUGAAAUUAUGGGAUUUGUUAAGAUAUUCUGAAAGAACAACGUCCAAGACGCCUACUCGCCAAAAAUUAGCAAUUUGGGGCAAAUUGUCUCUGAGAUAUUAGCCCAGAUAUGCUCCGAUGACUCCAUACAAAUCCUUCUACAUCUUACCUGGUUCCUAAUCUUAUGAACCAAGCCAAAUUUAGAAGGAUUUGUAUGGAAUCGUCACAGCAUAUCUGGGCUAAUAUCUCAGAGACAAUUUGCCCCAAAUUGCUAAUUUUUGGCGAGUAGGCGUCUUGGACGUUGUUCUUUCAGAAUAGCUUAACAAAUCCCAUAAUUUCACAAAUUUCAUUUUCUAUGACGUCACACUUCGGUACUCUAUACGAACGAACACAGUCAAUGUGAGGGGCAAAAACAGCAUUAAUAUAAAUGAACCAUAGGGUUUUACUAAUAUAAGGGUCAAUUAUUGUGCAUUGAGAUGAAUCGCUUGAAAAGAGAGACUUCGCUUGAAGAUGUGAUCAGAAGUAAACAAAGGCAUAAUAGUGCGUCACGUUCAGUCUUUUUAAUAUCCAAGGAGUCACUGUGAAUAGUGUCAGGGGCACCCAACGAGAAUAUAGUUCAAAACCACUCAACAUAGCAUUGUUAAACGUAUUUUAGUAUUUAAACGGUAGAUUUGGGCAUAAUUUUAUCCCCUAAACAUUUUUUAUCUGUUCGGAUUUCCUAGCUGAAAGUCUUGUGAUCCGAAAAUUAUAGGGAUCAAAACCCAAAACUUACCUUUUCGAAAGUUUCAUGACCUUUUUAGGGUAAAAAUCCGUAAAAAUGGGCAAUUAUACCAUUUUUUAGCUGUUCGAAAAUCCUAGGAGAGGCAGGCAAGCAAGAAAUUUUACGACAAAUGUUCCGAAAAUUCUAGAUCUCAAAUCGUCUUCCGAACAGAUAUUUCCCGAAAAUUGACGUUGGGUGCCCCUGAUAGUGUUUCCAUAUUGUUUAGUUGGCACAAAAACUUCGGACGAGUUAUAAAGCGGGAUAGUUAUCUUCCAUGAAGAAAAGUUCGUCUUGGGUGAGACAAACAGAACUGGAGCGAAUUUUUAACUCGCAUCGGUAUCAGGUAAAAAAUAUGUUAUCGAUCGUUUCAUCUAUUUACAUUGUUUGAAGUGCGUGCUGGUGAACGCAACAUGCGAGCGAGAAAUCUUUAAACUUUUUUAGGUCUCAAAAUGCAAAGGAUUUUAUUCCUUUAAGUUAGAGAAAAAUACCAUGAGGAAAAUCUUAAAACUGAAUAUUUUUCAUCUUGUGGAAAAAAUAGUGCGUUUUCUUGUAGACUGUGGACCGCAAAUUAGGAUCGCACUUUUCACAAACAUGCGAAUUCUGAAGUUCGGAAGCUAACCGACGAUUGUGUUUUUCGCUGAUGUCAAUCAUCUUAACGGACCUCUUAGGAAACAAAACUUUACUUCACGGGUUCAAAAGGUCAUGGUUUGUGAUUUGUGGAUUUCGAUCCGUUUUGUGUGUUUCUCUGUUUCAAGGUUCGUUGCUUGUGAUCGUAAUUAUGAUUGACGGCAGCGAUAAACACAACUGUGAAGGUGGCUUUUGAACUUUAGAGUUCGCAUGUUUGUGAAAAGCGCAGUAAAGUCUCCGUGCAGUCAGUGAGGCCCCUGGAUCAGGCGGGAUUAAUGGGCAGUUAACUGUCUGUUUUAGUAUACUUCUGGUUUUCAUACAAUACAAUAUUUCUGUCUAGUGUAAAUCAGCUCAGUCUGCCACAUUUUAUGCUCGUAGAACGACAACAAUUUUUGGAAUUUCCAGUUACGUCAAAUUAGUCACGUUAUACUGUCACACUAUAUUUUGGGGCACAGAGGGAUUGGGGGAGGGGUACGUGGAAAUAAUGCAAAUUGUUUCCUGCCUAGAAUUAAUGGCUAACUUGUUUAUUUUUAUUCAUAAUGGAAUUUAAAAGUUAUUAUACAGCCCCCACUUAAAAAUGGUACUCUUUUUUUUUGGUUAUGAAAGUCUUUAAAAAGGGCCAGUCUCACAUGAGGUUCUGUCGCAUGACAAGGUUUUAUGGUAGCCUGAGUGUGUAUAGCCGCCCCCUCCCUUCAGAAAAAAUAACCCCUUUGCAGCCCAGUUAAAAAUCGCCUUUCGGCGAUUCUUGUUUUAUCUAAUUUUGAGUUAGUCUUCAUUGAUGUUUUAUAACGUACAGAUACAUUUUUCGCCGGCUGGAAAGGCUAGAGCAUGGCAGCCAGUCUUGUGACCGAAUUUUACUGAACUAAAGACUGUCAACCCUUCCCCUUUAACGCAAACACAGUCAGAAGGACGCGUAUAUUCGGGCCCUGUCCUAGGGGCCCGUUCCUCGAAAGUCGCGGUAGUUAAUAAGCGCGAAGAGUUGUUGUUGUUUGCAUUAAAGAUUAACGUGUCAAUUAUUUUUUUAGAUGAAAUGAUAAAACUAUCGGUUAAGAAAACAAAAUGAACUGUUUUGUUAGCUAGGACUCGUGCCCUAAAAGUUUAGGGGACUUUCGAGAAACGGGCCCCAGGUUAAACGCCGCAAUUCAGAUGCAUGAGCCGAACUCAAUUACUGUACUUCGGUUAUCACGCGACGCACCCUGAAUUUUCUAAUUUGAUUCAGUCAAGUUGACACACUGAUCAUAACCGAAAAAAUGCGGUAAAUGAGUUAGGUUCGGCUAACUUAAAGUACGAACGGUGUUUGAUCAUGCCACCAAGCCUUAGUUCCUUAAUAACGAGAGACCGUAAUGGCGGGGUGCAAAAGGAAUCAUCAGAACCGUUAUAAGUCCAGUCUUGCUGAGCGACAGCGUUAGGAAAACUACCUCGAUUAAAAUUUUUGAAAUUUCUUUAAGAAAUGGUUGAGUGCUCUUUUGAAGCAAAAGUAGGAGAUACGUUGUUUGGCACAACGAGAUUAAGAACACCAAAACUGUAAAGCAUUCCCGUUGUUAUUUAAUGGACUUUAUUGAAUUUUGAUUAAUCAAUACACUGAAAAGGUUAAUUAUUCGCCUAACAGCCGACAUUUGUGGACGCUACCACUGGUUUGCCCGCCAAAUGACGUCUGAGAAACGAGCGCAGAUUGGUUGUGCCACGUGGGAAAUUAAUUUGAUUAAACCAAUCAGAAGCGCCACCCAGAUCUAGGUAGUGACGCGUCGUCAGUAUGGAAUUUCUGCGCUCGUUUCACAGACCUCAUUUGGCGGGGAAAUCAGUGGUAGCGUCGCCAAAUGUCGGCUGUUUUCUCAGACUAAAGGGUAAUCAAAUACAAAAAAAUUGUUCUUUCAGGGACCAUGACUUAAAGACCCCUUUUUGUUUUAUCAGAGGCGAUAGCACUGUUCCUAAUCCAAAUGCAGACAUAACAUAACGAGUUUUAUUUUUUGAAAGGAAAAUCGUGCAACGGAACUAAGAUUGUUUUAAUGUCAGUUUAUUGCUGUUAAUUAUUUAGAUGAAAUUAAAUCUCAAAUAUAAUCAAUUGAAGCGUUGAGAUCUUUCCAGACCUUCUUUCCUGACUGCAUUUCGUUUUCUUUCUACGAAGCUAUCGAGCUUAGUUCGGUUUCUAUUGUUCUCAAUGAUCUGAACAUGUUUUUUUCCCUCUAUUUAAAUAUUUUUUGUUUACGAAAAAAUGACUUUCAGAAACCGGCGUCAAAGCAUUGUCAUCUGUGCAGUUUCUCUCUGCAUAAUUUAUUUUACUUUAAACAAGCCACGGAAACCUCCGCUGUCUGGCGAAACACUGUACAAUUACAUUCGAUUGAAUGUAAACUCCUUAAAGUAGUGCGACAAAAACGUAUUACAAUAAUGCGAGUAGGGUUUGUUUGUUAGUCAUGCAGGGGUACAAACGCUGUGACUAAAUUGACUUAGCUGGAAUACGGUUUCUAUUGGCUGUUGUGACAAUUCUCUUGUGUGUUUCACGACCGAUCGUAGCGCGGCGUUGUUAGCUCGGUCAACCUCGCUUUCCAAUUUAUUUUAAUAAUGAUACGUUUUGUGAAGAGUGGUUGCAUCCGCGGAUAUGUUCGUUACAGACGCAAAAAACUUGCGGUUGUCGCAAUUUUAGUCACUGGCCUGUUUCUGCUUGUAAAUUUCGAAAGUGGUAGUGAGAGAAUUUCCCGACAGGAACAACUAUCAGCAGUUAGAAUAACGAGUGCUGAGGAUGUGAAGGAUAAAUCAAAUGGAAACCGCGACUUCGGCCGUAGAAAUUUACCUUUAAACUAUGACGACAUAAAAGUUGACCACGUUUCAGAUACUGCGCGCGAAACUACCAAAAAAAAGAUGCACGCUUGUCCAAAAAUCAUAGAGAAGCCGAGAUUUCGCGAGAUUGUCCAUGGAGUAUUGGUGUACUCGCUUUGGUUUGAUGAUCGAAAAUCUCAGCAUUUUAUACGAAUUUUGUUGAUUUCCUCGAAGAAAAGAACUCCAUCGGUAACUUGUCUUUUUCAAAACGAUUUAACGCAAAAGACUAUUGCGGUUGAGGCCUCGUUCUAUGAGCACAACGAAAAUUACCAACGGCGUUUUGGAGGCUUUAUAGCCUCCUGUGUUGUUCCAAAAACUCUUAACAGCGUUCCAUGCUCAAUGAAUAUUUCCGUCACCUUAACCGCUCAACUGGGCGAGAGUAACGCGAUGGUCUUUCCAGUUGGUUCUAUAGAUCAACUAAGCGGUGGUCAAGAGAGCAGAAUUCAAAAGAGAUACGGCAUUUGUAUCCCUCCCGUCUACGGUGACAUUUUUGUUGGAAAAAUAAUUGAGUUUUUAGAACUCAUGCAGAUUUUGGGCGCUUCACAUUUUACAUUUUAUGAUUUAUCAAUUUCCGAGAGUGUGCGAAACGUCUUAAAGUAUUACGAAGAUCUAGGUUUAGUGAGUGUUUUUCCGUGGAAUUUACCCUCGUAUAUUGGAAAGGACGAUUUGCACUAUUUUGGUCAACCAUUGGCUAUAUGGGACUGCUUGUUCCGUUCCAUGAGUCAUCAUGACUUUGUUGCGUUUCAUGACUUGGAUGAGUUCAUUGUACCCCUUCGCCAUGAGAACAUAACCUCAUUGCUAGAGUAUAUUCAUGAGGAACAACAUUGCGGUCAUUGCUUUGAAAGCGUUCUUUUUGAUACGACAUCAGAAGGGCACAGUUCUCGUUUAAUAACCCAGAGUGUUUUCCACCGAACAAGUCAAGUGACUCCAUAUUGGACCAAGUGCAUCGUCGAUCCUCGGAGAAUUUUCGAGCAAGGAAUACAUCACAUUAGCAAACCCAUCGAAGAGUUUUACCUUGCAGAUAAAGUGAACUGGAAUUUGGCGCGUAUUUUUCAUUAUAGAAAAUGCCAGGAUCCCAAUGCCUUGUUUCAGCCAAGAUGUUCCGCUUUCACAGUCGACAAAACCAUGCAGAGAUUUGGAGAAAAACUA